AUGACUUUCAGAGAGCGCUGGAGCCGCGUGGUCCGCAAGUCUGGAUCAACCUCCACUAUGGCCAGCAACGACACCAGUGUUUCCUCGUCUGGCAGGAGCUUUUUGGGCCGGACGUUUGGCAUGCGCAGCAGCAAGACACCCUCCAGCACCGCCAACACGUCCCUUUCUAGCUCCAGCGGACGGGGCCUCGGAAGCAGAGGCAGCUCCUCCACCAAGGGCGUCAGGACCCUGCCCGGCGCUGUUGGUGCCGCUGCUUCUUCUUCGUCUUCUACUUCGUCCUCCUCCGGUAACAGAGACAUCCAGCAUAGCAUCGGCAGCACGAUUGACGCGGCUCUUGGCGGCCGGAGCAAAAAGUGCAACAAAAUGCCGACGCUGGAGGACCACCACGACGAAUCGUACGUGACCGACAACGAGACUGAUUUCUACGACGGCGGCGACCUGCACUACAGCAACAUGACCGAGGCGCAGCGGCACCAAGCCCGCCUCAACGCCUACCGCAUCAAGUUUGGUGCGUCCCGGCCGUGGCGCGGCAGUUUCGACGAGAUCAGCCCGUGCAACUCGCGCCGGGCCAGCCUGGACAUGGGCCCUUGA